AUGUCCUCUACUACAACAAAUGAAAGUGUCUUCGUGAUCGGAUUUAAUGGCAAUGUCGGAUCUGCCGCUGUCAAGGCGUUGCUCAAGUACCAAGUCCCUGUCACUGUAUUCUCUCGCAACGUGGCCAAGGUAUCUACUGUGUUCCCUGACACUGGUGAUUUGCUCAAGGUCGUGGAAGGCGAUUUCAGUGAUUUGAGUCCUAUUAAGGAAGGUACCAAGGGACACUCUCGUCUCUUACUUUUGGCUCAAGGUCUGGAUACUACUGUCUACAUUAAGAAGACGAUCGCAACAUACGCUUAUGAAGCUGGUGUCAAGCAAGUCGUCGAUAUCUCUACUUCUGCUGUAAAUCUCGGUUGGAGAGCAAGCACAAUCGGAUCAGUCCACUAUUAUGCUGAAAAGGCCAUCUUUGAUAUUCCCAAUCGUGGACACUUUGUCACGCUUCGUCCUGCUUGGUUUGCAAGCAACAUCAUUCGUGAUCAUCGUCCUGUCGCCAACAAGGCUCUCUUGACCACGGCCCCUAUUGAUUUCCAAAAGGGCUACAUAUCUCCCAACGACAUUGGAGUUGUCGCUGCUACUAUUCUGCGUGAAGAUGCCGCCAAGCAUGCUGACGCAGUAUAA